AUGCAUUUGUAUGAUUCAAUUCCAGAAGUUUCGAAAGUUUCGUUGAAUAUAAAACCUUCGAAAUGCAAUCCUCGAACUUUUGGAAAUCUUCGAAACGAGAAACUUUCGAAAGAUCGUGGACCGUUAAAGGUCAUUACUCAUGGAUUGAAGUUGAAGAAGUUUUCUGAAGUUCCUGUGCCACAUCCUGUAGAGCGUUGGAUUCGGGAAUCUGGGCUGCUACCUCUUUCUUCGGCCUACCUCACUAUGGUUGAUGCUGGUCUCGUCUCGGCAUUUAUUGAAAGAUGGCACAGGGAGACCAGCUCAUUUCAUUUGCCAUUUGGAGAGAUGACCAUUACUUUAGACGACGUAGCUACUCUCCUUCACAUAUCACCGAAUGGUAAAUUUUUUGAUGCACCUGUGAAUAUGAGUACUAAUAAUGCUGCUAGAGCUGCACAUGAGUACUUAGGUGCAACUUGGGAUGAAUCUCUAGCUGAGAUUAAUUUUAAUAAAUGUGCCCAAUAUAGAUUGCAGUGGCUGCGUGACUUAUAUAGUCGUCUCAUUCAAACUAAUCAGUUUGAGUGUGCGGCUAGAGCGUAUCUAUUGCACUUAGUUGGCAGCACCAUUUUCGCCGAUAAAACGCAUACGCGUGUGGAGGCGAAAUACAUUAGUUUAUUUAUUGAUUUAGCUCGUUGUCGACACUAUUCGUGGGCUGCCGCGGCAUUGGUUUUCCUGUAUGAUAACAUGGGAGAUGGGGCUGUCCACGACACUCGACAGUUAGGAGGUUACAUGACCCUUUUACGGUGCUGGAUCUACGAACACUUCCCUAGGAUCUGUAAGCGGGGCGAUAGAGGUGCGGUUCCUGCACAUCUUCCAAGAGCAUGUAGGUGGAUUGCAAAACAUGCUGUUGAAGGUGGAUUAGUGACCUAUCGGCAGAGACUUGAUGCUUUGUUGCUUGAUGAUGUACUGUUUACACCAUACGAUGAUGAUCGAGCUAAUCAUCCGUUUGAAGAUAUUUCGAUGUUCUCUGGUUAUCUUCGAUGUGGUGGAGUCUCAGUCCCAUAUUUGCCGGAGCGAUGUCUUCGACAAUUUGGUCGUAUUCAGUGCAUCCCGCCUGUUUUACAAAAGGGUAUUUUAGUCUUUAAAAAAUAG